AAGAGUGUUUGGCUUGGAUAGAUAGGGACUCUCAGAAACAGUAUUUGAAGAAAUACAUUUCAGGUGAUGGAAAAUUCAUCAACAGUAUCAUCCAUAAUACUGUCUGCAUACUUUGGAAUGGAGGACCUUAAGUAUUUGUACUUCAGCAUUUUCCUUAUUUUGUACAUUGCAAUUGUUGCUGAAAAUGUCAUUAUAAUUGGAGUAAUCUACACUGAGAAAACAUUGCAUCAACCAAUGUAUUUCCUGGUGUGUAACUUGGCAGCAAAUGGUCUCUAUGGUAGCACUGCGUUGCUGCCAGCACUGUUGAAAAAUGUCGCUUCCCACCCUAGUGAGGUAUCUCUAGCCAGCUGUCGAACACAGAUCUAUUGUAUACAUACAUAUGCUAUUGUUGAAUUUACAAUUUUAGGAGUGAUGUCUUAUGAUAGGUAUGUUGCUAUAUGCCAUCCACUGCGGUAUCAUACCAUCAUGUCUCUGACAAAAGUGUAUAAACUUGUAGCAUUCACCUGGAUUUACCCUUUGGUAGCAUUUCUCAUCUUUUUCAUUAUAACUCUUCAACUGAGAUUUUGUGAUAAAACUAUAGAUAAAUUGUACUGCAUCAAUUACUCACUUAUAAAGCUCUCCUGUACAAAUACGUCUGUUGUGAACAUAAUAGGAUUAAUGUCUGUGGUUUUGUAUAGUGUACCACAGUUAGUUAUGAUAAUUUACUCAUACGCACAUGUCCUGAGAGUCUGUGCAUUAUCUUCCAAAGAAUCCAAACUCAAAGCACUGCGAACUUGCACUCCACACCUGUUUGCUAUUAUCAACUACUUUGUGGGUUGCUACUUUGAAAUAUUGCAAAGCCGAUUUGACACAAGCCAUUUACCAUACAGAACUCAAGUGUUUAUGUCACUUUACUUUUUGAUAUUCCCUCCCAUUCUUAAUCCAGCAAUCUAUGGGUUAAGUAUUCAAGCCAUAAGAGUGAAGCUGUUGAGACUUUGUUAUAAUAAGAAUAGGAUAUUGUCAAUACAGUAGCCAAGGCUGUUGAUUUGAUUUCCAUUGUACAUGUUUCUCAAUUUAUCUAUAAUGUUUGUAUUGUGUUGAAGUAAUAGUAUAGAUUACACUGGUUGUACAUAUAACAUAGAUAUUAUAUAUCUAACAAUCUAUGAAAUGUAAUAAACUGUAGAACAUCUUAAUGCUGUUUUAUAAUAAAAUACAUA